AUGUUUAAUAACCGGUAUAUGUUUAGGUUUAGUGUACCAUUUAGUAGACGUACACACGCCACUCCGGGAUUUAGUGUACCAUUUAGUAGACGUACAUACGCCACUCCGGGAUUUAGUGUACCAUUUAGUAGACGUAUAGGCACCACUCCGGGAUUUAGUGUAUCAUUUAGUAGACGUAUAUGCACCACUCCGGGAUUUAGUGUACCAUUUAGUAGACGUACACACGCCACUCCGGGAUUUAGUGUACCAUUUAGUAGACGUACAUACGCCACUCCGGGAUUUAGUGUACCAUUUAGUAGACGUAUAGGCACCACUCCGGGAUUUAGUGUAUCAUUUAGUAGACGUAUAUGCACCACUCCGGGAUUUAGUGUACCAUUUAGUAGACGUACAUACACCACUCCAGGAUUUAGUGUACCAUUUAGUAGACGUACACACGCCACUCCGGGAUUUAGUGUAUCAUUUAGUAGACGUAUAUACACCACUCCGGGAUUUAGUGUAUCAUUUAGUAGACGUACACACGCCACUCCGGGAUUUAGUGUACCAUUUAGUAGACGUAUAUACACCACUCCGGGAUUUAGUGUAUCAUAUAGUAGACGUACAUACGCCACUCCAGGAUUUAGUGUACCAUUUAGUAGACGUACAUACGCCACUCGGGGAUUUAGUGUAUCAUUUAGUAGACGUACAUACGCCACUCCAGGAUUUAGUGUACCAUUUAGUAGACGUAUAUACACCACUCCGGGAUUUAGUGUAUCAUUUAGUAGACGUACGUACGCCACUCCAGGAUUAAGUGUAUCAUUUAGUAGACGUACAUACACCACUCCGGGAUUUAGUGUAUCAUUUAGUAGACGUACACACGCCACUCCGGGAUUUAGUGUACCAUUUAGUAGACGUAUAUACACCACUCCGGGAUUUAGUGUAUCAUAUAGUAGACGUACAUACGCCACUCCAGGAUUUAGUGUACCAUUUAGUAGACGUACAUACGCCACUCGGGGAUUUAGUGUAUCAUUUAGUAGACGUACAUACGCCACUCCAGGAUUUAGUGUACCAUUUAGUAGACGUAUAUGCACCACUCCAAGAUUUAGUGUACCAUUUAGUAGACGUACAUACGCCACUCCGGGAUUCAGUGUAUCAUAUAGUAGACGUACAUACGCCACUCCGGGAUUUAGUGUACCGUAUAAUAAAGUUCUUGAAUGUGGCGUCCUAAUUCCGUGUUAUAUUCAAAAUUAA